GUUUACGCAGUCGUUUGGCAACACUAUUUAUACUAAUACUGGAUAGCGAAGGAUGCAUUUCUAUUGUUAAAAAAUUAGAAUCUGCAUUUGACAAUCGCGUAUAUAUUUUGGAAAAUAAUUACAACAUUGAACUUUGCGUAACUAGGAACGUAAACAAGUGCAAAAAAUAAAAACUGACUAUUCAUUUGAAAAAAUAGAAGCAGGAGCCGUAGGAGAUACAGUAAAUUAUAAAAAAUAAGUUCUACAUUGUAUUUUUAGAUAAAGAACAAAAUAUUGAACGAAAAACUUUGAUUUCAAUACAGAAUGCCCAUGGGAGCAGAACCAGUUUAUCAACCAACAACCGUUUCGGUAUCCUAUGAACCUCGACCAGGCAGGAACAACAGCAGGCGCGCAUUAGCAUGCCAGAUGUUAAGCAGUCAUCGAUUUCAGCUAAUGCUGCUAUUUUUUGGACUUUUAUGUUUGGCAUCUGGCAUAUCGAUAGUAGCUGGUACCAUCGUCAGCCAUAUUUAUGGUAAUAAUGACACAAAUGAUUUUCAAUCUGACGACGAUGCGGUUAUCCAUUGUGCUAAACUACCACUUAGCAUGAUUGUGUCAGGUGCUUUUUUCAUUUUAAUCGGACUGUUUUGCCUGGGCGUUUAUAUAACAGUGGCUGAUUGGCGACGUAAUUGUGUUGUUUGUCAAUGUCCUUUGUUUGAUAAGAAGAAAUCGCUAGCUAGACAAUUGCAUUCCCAAAAUGGUGGCGGUUGUAGUGAAGGCAUAAUGGCGUUAAAUCCUUCAACAGAUCCGUUGGUAUCACAUACGCAAUAUGCUCCAGUUUCAGAAUUGCCACACCGUGGUGAUGAAGAAGAACGUAGAAAUUUGAUGCCAGACAACAAAGAUUGUCUCAGCAGCGCUGAAGAAUCGGAUCGUAUGUUAGAACCCGAUCCGCGUAUUGUCUUGCGUCCGAUGGGUCGCCUCGAUGAUGCUUAAAAUCAUUUAUUGGCAUAGAUUAUGUAAAUCGAUUCCGCAGCUGGUGGCUACUUGCUAAAAGUAUGAAUGGGAUUUGAAUAUAGGACAUAUUUUUUAUAAGUUGUCACAAAAAUUUAAUGUAUGUGGGUGGAGAGCAAGACAUAUGGUAGCGGCACUGACCCCCAAUCGAUACGAAGGUAUAAUUCAGAUGGAUUCAGCAGUAUACCAUUUCAACUUUCAUUUCGGACAAUUAACAUGUCUUUGAUCGAAUAUUAUUUAAUAUUUUUUCUUAAGUUAUGAAUAAGCAGGACAUGUACUUAUAACCUUAUUCAUAGAAUGAAAAAUGUAUGUAGUUCUGAAAAGCUUUAAAAAAUUGCAUGUUCAUACAAAUAUUCCAACUAUAAUGCACUUAAAAUCUAUUUUACUUUUUAUGAAUUCGGUUGCUAGAUUUUCAACAUAUCGUCGUUUAAAAUACAAAGCCGCGUAUCGUCGUUCUACAAAACCGCGUAACUGACAUUUUUUACCAAAAAUUGGAUUUGCUCACACAAGCUCUUGGCUAAAGCCUUAUCCAUUCGUCCUGAAAUAUACUAGGCAGAAUUGUGAUUGCUUUAUAAAAAAGAGAACCAUUUUGAAACUGAGUAUUUUUACUCUAGAAAAUAAUUUAUGCAACCUCACAUGCGCGAUUUUAAUUUAUCUUGGUACGCGGUUUUGCAUUUUGUUGAUACGGGUUUUGUACAUUAAACGAGAUGUGUUUAAAUAUUCUAUUAAAUUUUAAACUAAAUAACAUAAUCUCGUAGCUGUAAGCAAUUACAUUAUCGCUUAGAUAAGGCGCGGCAAUUUGUUGGGCACGCACACAUUUACAAAAAA